AGGGGAGGCUGCCAAGAGGCAAAACGACGGAGGAGGAGGAGGGGCCAAGGAUGGAUACUCGGACGAGCGAGAGAGCCUCCCCGCGGGGAUGCCGACGUCGAACGCCAGGCCUCAAGGGCCGUUGACCUGCUGUCUCUGUGAUUUAUGGCGGCUUUGGGAGGGGGGAGGCUCCGGGCCAUUGCAGACUCCUCUCUUCUCUCUCCUCCGUCUCCGUCCGCACGCUCGGGAGUUGCACACACACCGCGCCGCUGUCUGCAGGAGACACCCGUGGAGGAGUUCUUGGCACGGUGCGGCUGGCAGCGCCUGCGUGCACGAGCAUAAAUCCACCAGCCGGAUCGCCGGGUUCCUACAUUGUCGCUCAUACAGAAAUAAACUCCUAUCUCAACAUCCCCGCACUGCAGCAAUCCCGUCGCACGUCUGUUAGACAAAGCCCGCUGUGGGAGAGUGUGUGGAUUACGAUCAGUCAUGGCGUGUCAGCUGUAGAGCACCAGGGACGGCGUGGGAGUGGGAAACGACUUAAUUGAGUGAUUCCACCGACGACUCUUGCCAACAAGUGCUCGGUAACGCAGGAUUCGAAAAAAUCCCCCUCGUAAAACGGAGAGAGUGCCCUCGCCAUGGUGUUGCCGCCCCCCGACAAACGCCACGUGUGCUUGACCACCAUUGUCAUCAUGACCAGCAUGGCCUUCAUGGACGCCUACCUGGUGGAGCAGAACCAGGGGCCCAGGAAGAUCGGCGUGUGCAUCAUCGUGCUGGUCGGGGACGUGUGCUUCCUCAUAGUGCUGCGAUACGUGGCGGUGUGGGUCGGAGCCGAGGUGCGCACGGCCCGGCGGGGAUACGCCAUGAUCCUCUGGUUCCUCUACAUCUUCGUGCUGGAAAUCAAACUCUACUUUGUGUUCCAGAAUUGCAAGGCGGACAGGAAGAGUCUGGAGACGGUGGCGCGGAAGGCAUUGACGUUACUUUUAUCGGUGUGCGUGCCCGGUCUGUACUUGGUUCUGGUGGCGCUGGACAGCAUGGAAUAUGUGAGGACUUUCCGGAAGAAGGAGGACAUGCGAAGCCGUCUGUUUUGGGUGGCGCUGGACUUACUUGAUCUCCUGGACAUCCAAGCCAACCUGUGGGAGCCCCAACGCACGGGUCUGCCCAUCUGGGCCGAGGGCCUGAUGUUCUUCUACUGCUACAUCUUGCUGCUCAUCCUGCCCUGCGUGUCGCUGAGCGAGAUCAGCAUGCAGGGCGAGCACAUGACCCCCCAGAAGAUGAUGCUCUACCCGGUCCUGAGCUUGGUCACCAUCAACGUGGUCACCAUCCUCAUACGAGGCGUCAACAUGGUGCUCUUUCAGGACAGCCGCGUGUCCACCAUCUUUGUGGGCAAGAACGUGGUGGCCAUCGCCACCAAAGCCUCCACCUUCCUGGAGUACCGCAGGCAGGUGAAGGAGUUCCCUCACCCUCAAAACGCCAUGGCCAUGGAGAUGCAGCAGAACUCGGUCGGCCACACGCAGACUCUGCCCAACGCCACCACCACUUUGCCGCACGAACCCACGCCGGCGCAGGACGUCAUUGAAUCGUGACCGCCAUCCUGCGCCGAGAAUGUAACCAGCAACACAACUCGACCUGUGAAUUUUAGUCGUACGACAAAAUGUUCUGAAAGUUGUGUUUAGUAGGGUCCAUCUCUUUUGUAACAAUGCUUCUUGCUAUUAAAUAUGAAAGAACCCAUAGGGUCCAUCCAUCCAUUUUCUACCGCUUAUUCCCUUUGGGGUCGCGGGGGGUGCUGGUGCCUAUCUCAGCUACAAUCGGGCGGAAGGCGGGGUACACCCUGGACAAGUCGCCACCUCAUCACAGGGCAACCCAUAGGGUCCAGAUGAGCAAAAUUAUAUUUUUUGCUCCAGAAAUUGAAUCCGGCAGUCAUCCAUCCAUCCAUUUACUACCGCUUAUUUCCUUUGGGGUCGCGGGGGGCGCCAGUGCCUAUCUCAGCUACAAUCGGGUGGAAGGCGUGGUACACCCUGGACAAGUCGCCACCUCAUCACAGGGCAACCCAUAGGGUCCAGAUGAGCAAAAUAUAUUUUUUGCUCCAGAAAUUGAAUCCGGCAGUCAUCCAUCCAUCCAUUUACUACCGCUUAUUUCCUUUGGGGUCGCCAGUGCCUAUCUCAGCUACAAUCGGGUGGAAGGCGUGGUACACCCUGGACAAGUCGCCACCUCAUCACAGGGCAGCCCAUAGGGUCCAGAUGAGCAAAAUAUAUUUUUUGCUCCAGAAAUUGAAUCCGGCAGUCAUCCAUCCAUCCAUUUACUACCGCUUAUUUCCUUUGGGAUCGCGGGGGGCGCCAGUGCCUAUCUCAGCUACAAUCGGGUGGAAGGCGUGGUACACCCUGGACAAAUCGCCACCUCAUCACAGGGCAGCCCAUAGGGUCCAGAUGAGCAAAAUAUAUUUUUUGCUCCAGAAAUUGAAUCCGGCAGUCAUCCAUCCAUCCAUUUACUACCGCUUAUUUCCUUUGGGGUCGCUGGUGACUAUCGCAGUUACACCCGGGCGGAAGGCGGGGUACACCCUGGAUAGGUCGCCACCUCAUCACACGGCAACCCAUAGGGUCCAGAUGAGCAAAAAUUAUAUUUUUUUGCUCUGGAAAUUGAAUCCGGCAGUCAUCCAUCCAUCCAUUUUACUACCGCUUAUUCCCAUUGGGGUCGCUGGUGCCUAUCUAAUCUACAAUCGGGCGGAAGGCAGGGGUACACCCUGGACAAGUCGCCAUCUCAUCAUAGGGCAACCCAUAGUGUCCAGAUAAACAAAAUUAUAUUUUUUGCUCCGGAAAUUGAAUCCGGAAGUCAUCCAUCCAUCCAUUUCCUACCGCGUAUUCCCUUUGGGGUCGUUGGUGCCUAUCAGCUACAAUCGAGCAGAGGGCGGUGUACACACUGGACAAGUCGCCACCUCAUCACAGGGCAACCCAUAGGGUCCAGAUGAGCAAAAUUAUAUUUUUUGCUCUGGAAUUUGAAUCCGGCAGUCAUUUCCAAUCAAUUACUUUUUGAGUAAUGGGUACAUAACUAACUGUACUUGUACUCGCCAGACUCAAUGUCGCCCCUUUUUGGUGUGACGUCAUCUACAGAACUGAAGCCUGUUUUCUUGCCCCGACAGUGUGGAUAAAGGCAUGUAAAACUAUUAUUUAUGUCCUUGAGAUAGAUGGAUAGAUAGAUAG